AUGACUAAUAUCACAUCGGAGCUGGAACAUUUGAAAUGCAAACUCCUCAGCGGCCCCAGCUGUGCAGACGAAAUAACCCACGGCCUGGAAUGUUCGCAGAACGUAACUCUCCUCUACAACUGCGAGCUAAACUUGGACGCCCAAAAUGAGACUUCGUAUACCUGCGCCGGAUGUACCGUGGGAAAUAGCAGCGACGGUGCUCCGUGCGAGUUUAGGCUCAAUUUAAUGACGGUAGUUUUCGAAAACGCGCUCAAGAACCUCUGGGUGAAACUACCCGACUAUCUUUGCGAUUGGAACGAUCUGGUAUGCUUUCACGAUUCAAUGCGGACGUACAGUGUGACUAAUGACAGUUUGAGUGUGUUCGAGAGUUUUCAGUGUAACUGGAAUGACAAUUUCACGAACGGCGUGGUCGGUGUUGAGGCUAGAUAUGAAUGGACGUUCUUGUUUGUGAUUCUGUUUAUCGUGGCCGGUGGUCUAGGGAAUAUUCUGGUGUGUUUAGCCGUGUGUCUGGACAAGAGACUGCAGAAUGUGACGAACUACUUUCUGCUGUCGUUGGCGAUAGCGGAUCUGCUGGUCAGUUUGUUUGUUAUGCCGAUGGGGGCGAUACCGGGGUUCUUAGGUUACUGGCCGCUGGGCGUGGUCUGGUGCAACGUGUACGUGACGUGUGACGUGCUCGCGUGCUCUGCCAGCAUUAUGCACAUGUGCUUCAUCAGCAUUGGAAGGUAUUUAGGUAUCCGGAACCCUUUGAAGAGUCGCCAUCACUCCACGAAGCGCGUGGUGCUCAUCAAAAUAGCUCUCGUCUGGUUAUUAAGCAUGAUCGUGUCGAGUUCCAUCACAGUUCUGGGUCUCAUCAACAAACAGAACAUCAUGCCCACUCCGGAACUGUGUGUCAUCAACAACAGACUGUUUUGGGUGUUCGGGUCCUUGGUGGCGUUUUACAUUCCGAUGCUGAUGAUGGUGGUGUCCUUUGCGCUCACAGUUCAGCUGCUUAAGAGACAGGCCAGGCUAGCUGCGACCCCGGUGCCUGGUGGCGCCCAGAGAAGACAAUGCGGAGCUUUCGACAAUGGGCCGUCGCAGGUUAUUCGUAGAACAAAUGCUAGGAGUUCGCCAGAUUUAUCCCCCGCAGCGGUCUCUAGGCAUAUGACCUGGAGGGUUACAACUGUAUCCAGCCGCCCCCAAAGAAACAAAAUUGGUAUGAGCGUAUCCCAUCCUCAACUAAGUUAUAUGAACGGCUGCAACGGAAACGGAACUGGUGCGGGGGGCUCCAAGAAGGGCAAGGAUGUGGCAACACAGACUCCCGCCAACAUAUCAGCGGAGACCAGGCGUGCCAAAUUGAAGCCUCUAAAGAUUGCACCUAACGCUUUGGCAUUAAGGUUUCUAACAAAUCGGAAAAAGGACAGAUCCCUAUCAGCCAACGCUGUAGCAAACGAACAAAAGGCCACCAAAGUCUUGGGGCUGGUUUUCUUCACUUUCGUGCUAUGCUGGGCUCCUUUUUUCCUUUUAAAUAUUCUCUUCGCAUCCUGCCCUGCCUGCAUUGUACCAGAACACGUAGUGGAUAUCUGUUUGUGGCUAGGCUACGUCUCGUCUACGAUAAAUCCCAUUAUUUACACAGUGUUCAAUAGAACUUUCCGAGCUGCCUUCUUGAGGCUGUUAAGGUGCCACUGCAGUAGACGUGGCCGUUGCACCCUCUACAGAUCCGUGGGUUCGACGCGUGGUGCAUCCCAGCUCUGCGCCAGAUCAGCUCUUCCCCUCGCGAUAUCUUUGAGACCUUCAGCCAUGCCCAGUGCCCAAGCGGGGCACGACACGACCGAAACGGUUCUCAUGGAAUCUAGAAUGGGAGAUUUCAACGUUCGGUAUUAA